UUUGAACUCUGCAAAGAGAAAUUUGGGGACAACUUAAAAAAAAAUAGAGGGAACAAAUCAGUUGCCAGGAAGAUUGCACAAUUUGAUAUAUAACUGUGGGACUUCAGCCACUGUUAUCUUAGUCCAUGGAAUAGCAUGCAAUGUUAUCUUGAGAGUACUCUUUAGCUGGGACUUAUCUACAAAAUUAGUGGACAUGGAGAGUUGGCCAAAGCUUAUUUCCUGGAAGGAAAGACACAUCUUACUCGCUACAUUUGCCUUCUUUCAUCAUUGCAUUUUGCUGUAAACUAGGAAAAAUUUAUAUUGAGAAAAGAGAAUGGAAUUCAGCAGAAAAGGAACUUCAAAAUGCCAAGCAGAUUUUAAGGGAUAGCAAUACAACUUAAAUUAAUCUUUGAGGUGACACUUGAUCAGUAUCAUGGAGAUUUGCAUCAAAGUAAAUAAAAGACCUAUGAAGUGAAGAGUUUUAGUUUCGAGCAUAUAUCUUUUUACGAAUCAGCUCUGGCUAAAUUAGAUCUUCCUAAUGGAAAAAUUCUGUCUACUGUCCUGAAGAUGGUAGUCUCAAAACAGUAGCGGUAAAUGUCAUCUCUGAUUUUGCAGGGACUUCAUGUAUUUGCUUUACAAUGAACGAAGCAGCUUAAAAUGUAACAAUGGAACCCACGAAAGAAGGUAGCUGGCAUUGGCAUUGGCAUUGGCAUUGUAUUGCAACCGAAGUUUUAGAAGACAGACUUUUUGGCCAUUUCAUAAACUUUUAAAUGGGAGUUUGUCAAGAGGAAACUUUAGAUGAAGCUGGUCGCUCGAUUAAUUGAAUCUCAGUAAGAUGCUUUGCAUAUGUUGGAGAUGAAACACAGAAAAUUCUUUUGAAGAGUACGACAAUGCUUCACAGUAAAAAUACAUUCAGCGAAACAAAUUCAGGGAUUGCCCUGGAUUAUUUUCAACAUAUAGUCCCAAAGGUGAUCCUGGGAGAUAUGUUUGCAGUUGAACGUGCGGAGAUACUCAGAAAUAUAUUUGUAUUAUUGGAAUAUCUAUAAUUCCAAGGCUACAACUAUAAGGAAUAUUUUUCAGAAUGAAUCUUGCAUUAGCCUUAAAGAUCUAGCUUCUUGGCUGAUGGUGGCAUUUGUACUCUCCCGUGAGGUUCCCGAUAUUUUUCAUAAGGUGUCUCAGUUACUUGCUGUGACAUAUGUUGUUUCUAACUCGAGAGAGCAACUUUCUCUGCCAUAUAUUAGCAAAAGUUUGGGUGAAAAUGCUUGGGCUUCGUAUUUCCACCAAGCGUCCAUUGGAACUCAUGAUACUCACUCAUCUCGUCUAACUGGAAGAUGCAAGGGUUCAGAUAAAUCCAACAUAGGAGGGACAUACAACUUAUCCAGGCUUGUGCCUGAUGACACUGAAGUUCUUGCAGAAUGUGUAAAACAGUUUUUGGGUGGUCUUCCAUCUACAACAGUCAUCUGCCUGACUUUACUUGGACAUGAUUAUGCUAGUUUACUCAAGGAAUUUUCCCCUAGUGUUAAAGCAUGGAUACUGUUGUCCAGACUCACUUUUGAGAGUGAACCUAUAGUAGCAUUAUUGCCUUUGCAUCCUAUUUCAGAAGAUGAAAUUGAUCCGCCAAUACUUCCCAAGUAUAAAAUUUUAAGAGAUUGGUCGUGUCCAUGGGGUUCGACAGCCUUAGAUGAAGUAGUUCCAGCAUUCAAAAAUAUUUUAAAAGAGGAUUAUUCGCGAGAAUUGGAAGAAAAUACAUCUGAACAGCAGCAGCUGUGGUGGAACCAUAGGAAAACGCUUAAUCAACGUCUUCGUCAAUUGCUAAGGAGCAUUGAAGAAUCGUGGUUUGGAUCAUGGAAAUGCUUGCUUCUUGGAGAAUUGUUAAAUUGCAAGAAUUUUGAGUCUCUGCUUGAGCAUCUUGUGAAGGAGUUAAGAUCUGAAUGUAAAUUGGAAGUUAACGAGGGCCUCGUCAGAGUUAUUCUUGGAGGAACCAGACAUGUUUGUGGACGAGAAAAGCUAAAGUGCAAGAAAGACUGCUAUAUUGCUAAAGUAGGCCAUUGUGAUCAAGGAAUGAGUGGGAUAUUAUUAAAUGCAGCCGAUGGUUUUGGGGUGUCAUCUGAUAAAGCUUUUCAACUGUUGAAGCAUGCAUUGAUUGAGCUGGACGCAGAUAAGUAUAGUAAAAGAGAGCCAAUUAUUCUUGUGUUAGAUUAUGAGGUGCAGGUAAUUGUUCUCUGACAUAAAACUAGUUAGGAAUUAAAUUUCGAGUUCUACUCUAUGGAUUAAUUAAAGAGAAAUGAUAUGUAGUGGUUAGAAAACGGAAGAAGAAAAAUGUCCCUCAUUUCCCUCAAUAGAUCCUCUGCAUGCCUUCUAUAUACUAAAUCCAGAUGGAACCAUCCCUGAAUGUCAAAAUGAAUUUGAGAAUUGGUUUAAAGAGAACAAUUUGAAGGGGAACACAGGUUUGGCACCAACCCGAAAAUUAUGGGCUUCUGCAUUGGAGAAGCACGACCUUUUUAUAUACAUCGGGCAUGGAAGUGGAACAAAGUACUUUAGCUUGGAAAAUUUUCAGCAUCUAAAAAAAUGUGGUGCUGUGGUGUUUGUUAGGGUGCAACAGCGGUACCGUUUACUUGCAGAGUAACUGUGCACCGCUAUGUAUUCCCCUGCAAUAUCUUGCAGCCGGUUCUCCGGCUAUUGUUGCUAAUUUGUGGAAAAUAUCAGCAAAAGAUAUCAGUACAUUUGGUAAAUACUUGCUCGAAGCGUGGGUCAAGAAAAGAUCUGAACUUGAAAAAGAAUGCCCUAACAACAACUGUGAUCACCCACCAACACUUGGAGCUUUCAUAGGUCGUGCACGGGAUGCUUGCGAACAAGAAUUUAUGACAGGUGCAGCACCUGUAUGCUACGGUGUUCCUACUCGGAUUUGUGUGAAGAAGAGAGUUUCGUCCAUGGCCACUUGAUACUCGUUGACUUAAUCAUCAAACCUUAGUGAGUGGUAAGGAUCUUGGGUAUUAUUUUGCUCGAGUGGUUGGAUUUUUGGAGAUGUGUAUGUUCUUUUUUGGUAUUAUAAAGCGGCAUCAAGCCCAAAAGGAAACAGAAAGACUAGAAAUUAAGAAUUAAUCGAAGU